UGGGACUGGGCACUGGGGACUGGGGACUGGGGACUGGGGGCUGGGGGGAGGGGGGCGGAGGUCAGGCCGAAUCUUCCUCCGUAAUAAGAAGCUACGCGUCCCGCGGUCCUGGCUCCGUGGGUCCGGUCGGAUCGGGCCUGGGCGCUGGAGCUGCUGUGGCUGCCGCCGCGGCGAGUGCGAUGGAGGCUGUGCCGGGGCCCAGCGGUCACACCGGGGGAGGCCGAGACUGCCGGAGGUUCUAGUAGAUGAGGCGGCGGUGGCGGCACGGGCUCUCCAUGAGCAAGCGGCGGCGGCGACGGGUGCGGGAGCACCGGCGGUUUUCGGUCCCCGGGGAGGUACGAAAAGUCGGCUUCCUGGUGGACGGAGACUGGCCGGUGUGAGAACGCCUUCCGCGGCCCGGCCCUCCCGCCCAUUACCCGCAGUCCCAGGCGCUCAUCGGGCCACUGCCUGGAGGCGGGCAGGGAACGCCCAGCUCUUUCACCGGCUCCAGAUUCGGGGACCCGCCCGCCGUGCGCGGCCAGCCCUCAGUGCCAGGCCUUCCCCGGCUGCGGACCCGGGGCGGGGUGGGCGUGGCCGGAGUGCGGGGGGCGGAGGUGAGCGCCCACCGCGCGCCCAGCCAGUCCUUGCGCCCAGCCCGGAGCUGCUUCGAGCGGGAGCGCAGUGCCGUUUUCCAGAUUAUUUUGGGGCGCUGACUCGGAUGAAGACACUGUUUGAAGAGAUCAAAGCAUCAAUUAAAAAUAACUAUAACCAAGAUCGCUCAUUUUGGAGGCCUGUUCUUCCUUGGGGAGGUGUUUUUACUAUCAAAGCUGGCCGCAAAGCAGUAUCCUGUACACCACUCUAUGUUGAAAUAAGACUGAAAAAUACCUGCACCAUAGAUGGAUUCUUGAUGUUAUUGUAUGUUAUUCUCAAUGAAAAUGAAAAUUUCCCCAGGGAACUCUCUCUUCAUUUAGGUAGAGAGUUUAUAGACUGUUUUCUUUAUUUAAUGGACACCUACAGUUUUACAACCGUGAAGCUACUUUGGAUUUGGGACAAAAUGGAAAAACAGCAAUACAAAUCUGAAGUUCAUAAAGCUUCAUUAAUAAUUGAUUUGUUUGGGAAUGAGCAUGAUAAUUUUACAAAAAAUCUUGAAAAUCUCAUGUCGACCAUACAAGAGAGUUACUGUUCCAACUGGCGAUGCCCAACUCGAGUGCAGGAAGAUCAGCAGCGCACAAUUAAUAUAAAUCCUCCCCAAGAAAUUCCACAUGGAAACUUGAUACGACUGGCUGUCGAUGAGUUAUUCUGUUCCAGGAUUGAACUGUGUGAAGAGUGUGGGUGUGGUGGCUUAAGGGAAUUUUCCCAACGAGUGUUCUGCCACGGGGCACCCCCUUUUGUUGUCUUAAAUAUGCAGCAUUGGAAAUCUGAAGAUCUGGCAUAUGUACCCUAUUACUUGGAUUUAUCUGAUCACAAGUAUUUGUUGGAAGGUGCCACAUUGUUUAACAAAGAGGAACAUCAUUAUUCUGCAGCUUUUCAAAUUGAUGGACAUUGGAUGCACUAUGAUGGCCUCAGAAAUGUGAAUUUAAUUUUGUUAAAUAAACCCCCAGAGUUUCUCCUCUUGUCAUCAUUAGUUUAUAUUCGAGCAACAGAGAAAUAAAUAUAGACUGAUGCUAAAUUAAAUUGUUUUCCCUCCUGCCCAUGCUCCCCCAGAUGAAGGGCUUUUAUUUUGUAUAUACUUGGUAUCCAAGGAAAUAGUUCAGCUAUAUUAGUUUCAGAGGUGUAUUAUCUAGUGUUUAGCCCCAGGUAUAUAGAGAAUCUAUGCAAAAAUGUUUGUAUUUCUUUUUUCUAUAUCCCAGGUUAUUUUUAUACAAGCAUAUUUUA